AUGUAUCCUGACAACGACCUCGAGAUGGCGUCCGGCCACAGGGGAUAUCCCCAGAAUUCCCGACGCAGACCCCUCAUCAUCCAACACGACGCAUCCGAGAGGCCGCGGCCCACGCCAGUUGUUUAUGGAGUGGCCACCUGGGCGCAGGGCUUGCGCCGCUCCGGCUCGCACCAGAGCUAUGCUAGGAUGAGUCUGGCACCACCUCGCCAAUCGAGAAGACCUCGCGGGAGGUCACUUCACGACCCAAAUGGAAGUAUCCAGGGAUUUCAAGGUCCUGGACCCCAGGGCGCCUUCUCGGCUGAGCUGCAACACCAGGCUCUCGGUCUCUGGAACUUCACCGGACUCUUGAAUCAAGAGCAGACUGCAUCGCUGGGACCCCAGCAAGGGAUAUGGGACACGCCCCCUCCUGCGUUCAAGAAUAGUAUCGAGCAGUCCUUUCAGCUUCGGCCACCGAGUCAGUGGCCCGGACCGGGGCCAUUCUCCUUCUCCUCGGACAAUAGCGCUCAUCAAUACCCCUUUUUGAUGAGCGAUACCUGUCCAACCACACUCAUUUCAUGUGAUGACCCCAUCCAAGACGCUCAACAGGCUCCGCUGGACAUGUUUGGAUUUCAGAGCCCGUCCUACCUGGCCAGUGACAUGUCUAGCUCAGGUGCUGACCGCCCUGAAAUGGGAGAUACGCGUAUGCUCGGAGUUGGUGAUGAUGGGGCCCAGUUUCCCAUGGACCCUUCCCAUCGAAGCCGCCAGGAUCCCAGCGUGUCUCCGAAGGACACUCAGAGCCGGAACGUAUCCGUGUACACGGGGAAAGCAACAUGUGCCCCGAGAGCUUUGGAUCCAUUGAGCAGCCACCAUGAUACUGGGCAUGUAUAUUCAGCGGAGUACCAAGGGUUCCCCGGACCAACCAAGGAUAUGUUGGAUUUCAACAGGACACUCCAAGUGGACAAGGACAGCCCUUCGGACAAGGACAGGGUGACACUGUGGCCUCGGAAUAUACCGCUAGCCCCUCGUCAGGAGUGCCAGUGGAUCAUCCCCCCGAGGAGCCUGGGAAGCAGCAGACUACCAGAGCAGUGUAGGGUCAAGAAGAUCAAGUGUUCCUUCAAGAACGACCCCAAUGUCUGCGACAAUUGCCGCCCGCCGUUGGAAAGGCGGGGGCGUAACCAGAAGCCUUGCGUCCCGGCCGAUGUAGUACAGCUCGUCAAGCAGGGCGGACUCAAUUUGGAGGGCAAGUUGGAUCCAAUGGCGGUUAUGAAACCAAGCUCACACAUGGCAGCACUCUACGCCUCGCACCGCACCGACGGAGUGGACGCCAACACAGGCGUCUCUCGUUUGCACAUUGACCCUGUGCCGGACACGAUCCAUCUACCGACCCUUUGCCGCGGUAUACAGCGCCGCAUCUCCGAGGGCCACCACAGGUUACAUGUUUGCAUACAGCCCAGAGCAAAUGCCCCCGACGAGACUCUGUACAAGAUCGACCUAAAAGGUUGCCUCGCAUGGAUCCAACAGCUGGAACUGGGUUCAACAGCUCGGUCCUUUCGAGACCUGAUCGACCAUGACGUACCCAAGUUCCGGAACUGGCGAGACUGGGUCUCCUUCAGUGAUGGAUGCAAGAAUAUCAACAUUAAGAGGGUCGACGUCGUCCACCUCGUCGAGGGACUCUUACGAUGCAACGAGAUCUCGCAGUUUCAGCACUUCAAAAUCGACGGCGUUUCUUCAGGCCUGGACGACAUUGGCAUCCCUCUAUCGCGCAUCGUCGCCCGAGGGCUCGAGUUGGUUGUCUUUGAACGCGUCCAGACCACACUCAACACCCAGAAUGGAGACACCUUUACGCCAGAACUCCUGCGGGCGAUCGGAAAGCUCACCAUGUUCGUCAUGCGACGUCUUUCUUGGCCCAGCGUGUUCGCCGGCUGCAGGACGGAUGCCAAGGCCGAGGAAGAAUUCGAAACUCGUCUGAACGAGAUUUGUCGACGGCUGCACUACCAUUACGGCUACAUCGUGCAGGACAGGGGUGUACAGCCGGACAGCGACGUCGACUCAGCUCUCGUCGCUGGAGUGGAGAUAGUGGUGGCCAUGACGACAGAGAGUGGCCACGGUGACUCGGUACAACAGCAACGAGUGUAA